AUGGUGUCGCACAAGGGUCUGCGCUGCCUUGGGCGCCUGGUGGCCCCGUGGCUGAGCGCCGGCAACACCRGGAACUGCCGAGUUAUGAGUCAGUCGCCGCUCCAGGACCCAAACUACUGGAUACAAGUGCAUCGACUGGAGCACGGGGAUGGCGGCAUCCURGACCUGGACGACAUUCUCUGUGAUGUGGCCGAUGACAAGGACCGUCUUGUAGCUGUAUUUGACGAGCAAGAUCCACACCAUGGAGGUGACGGCACCAGCGCCAGCUCCACGGGCACGCAAAGUCCAGAGAUUUUUGGCAGYGAGCUUGGAUCCAACACAGCUUCGGCCUUUCAGCCUUAUCAAGCAACCAGUGAAAUUGAGGUCACACCUUCAGUGCUCCGUGCAAAUAUGCCUCUUCAUGUACGGCGUAGUAGUGACCCUGCACUGAUUGGCCUCUCAACCUCUGUAAGUGAUACAAACUUUUCUUCAGAAGAGCCAUCACGAAAAAAUCCCACAAGGUGGUCCACAACAGCAGGAUUUCUCAAGCAGAACAACCCCGGAGUACCUGGCAGUCAUGAAAGAAAGAAAGAUGAGAACUACAGAAGCCUACCACGAGAUACUAGUAGCUGGUCUAACCAGUUUCAGAGAGACAAUGCUCGCUCAUCGUUAAGUGCCAGUCAUCCCAUGGUGGACAAGUGGCUGGAGAGGCAAGAACAGGAUGAAGAUCGAACAGAGGAGGACAACAGUAGAGUUGAACCUAUUGGACAUUCAGACAGUGGGUUGGAGAAUGCUACCAAUUUUUCCCUGGAAUUAAUAUUCAGUGAUAUGGUAAAGCUCGUAGAAGUCUCCAACGACGGAGGGCCUUUGGGAAUCCAUGUAGUGCCUUUCAGUGCUCGAGGCGGAAGAACCCUGGGGCUGUUAGUGAAGCGAUUGGAGAAAGGUGGAAAAGCCGAACAAGAAAAUCUUUUCCGUGAGAAUGAUUGUAUUGUGAGGAUUAAUGACGGAGACCUUCGGAAUAGGAGAUUUGAACAAGCACAGCAUAUGUUUCGCCAAGCCAUGCGUGCGCCCAUCAUUUGGUUCCAUGUGGUCCCUGCAGCAAAUAAAGAGCAGUAUGAGCAGCUCUCCCAAAGCGAGAAGAACACGUACUACUCCAACCGCUUUAGCCCCGAUUCUCAGUAUGCUGACAGCAAAAGUAUUAAUAAUUCUGGACUUCACACGUUACAAAGAAUGUCUAGAGGGGUUACCCAGUCGGAUCAGGGAGACUCCUACUCGCAGCUACCUCAUAGUGUGAAUUCAUCAGGGAAGCCACCGUCGGGCCUGGUACCGUCACCUCAGAAAGUUCUCGCCUCCACUGCCAACAGUGGGUACAACACCAAAAAGAUAGGGAAGAGACUCAGUAUACAACUGAGAAAAGGUACAGAGGGCUUGGGAUUUAGCAUUACUUCAAGAGAUGUCCCAAUUGGUGGCUCUGCUCCAAUUUAUGUGAAAAACAUCCUUCCAAGAGGUGCAGCUAUUCAAGAUGGGAGACUAAAAGCUGGAGACCGAUUAAUUGAGGUGAACGGAGUUGAUUUGACAGGAAAAACUCAGGAAGAAGUCGUGUCCUUGCUGAGGAGCACCAAGAUGGGAGGGACCGUCAGCCUCCUGAUUUUUCGCCAGGAAGAAACAUUCCACCCAAGGGAACUGAAUGCAGAACAAAGCCAGUCACAAAUUCCAAAGGAAACGAAAGCAGAAGAAGAAGAGCUUGUUCUUACACCUGAUGGCACCAGGGAAUUCCUGACAUUUGAAGUUCCACUUAAUGACUCUGGAUCAGCUGGACUAGGUGUGAGUGUCAAAGGUAACCGCUCCAAAGAGAACCAUGCAGAUUUAGGAAUCUUCGUCAAGUCCAUUAUUAAUGGUGGAGCAGCAUCCAAGGAUGGCAGGCUUCGAGUGAACGAUCAACUAAUAGCGGUGAAUGGCGAGUCAUUAUUGGGCAAAACAAAUCAAGAUGCUAUGGAAACCCUGCGGCGCUCCAUGUCCACCGAAGGAAACAAGCGAGGGAUGAUUCAGCUUAUUGUGGCUAGGCGAAUAAGUAAAUGCAAUGAGUUGGAGUCACCUGCGAGCCCCUCCGGGCCAGAGCUGCCUAUAGAGACUGUCUUGGAUGACAGGGAACGUAGGAUUUCCCACUCGCUCUACGGUGGGAUCGAGGGCAUCAGCGAGUCACCCACGAGGAACGCUGCGCUGAGCAGGAUAAUGGGUAAAUACCAGCUGUCUCCCACGGUGAACAUGCCCCCAGAUGACACAGUCAUCAUCGAGGAUGACAGGUUGUCRGUGCUCCCUCCGCAUCUCUCGGACCAGUCGUCAUCCAGUUCCCAUGACGAUGUUGGGUUUGGGACCGUCGAUGCUGGUGGAUGGGCUAAAGCUGCAAUUAAUGAGUCAACAGACUGCACCCUUAGUCCAGAUGUUGAUCCAGUGCUUGCCUUCCAGCGAGAGGGUUUUGGACGCCAGAGCAUGUCAGAAAAGCGUACAAAGCAAUUUUCAGAUGCCAGUCAGUUGGAGUUUGUUAAAACACGAAAAUCCAAAAGCAUGGAUCUAGGUAUAGCUGACGAGACUAAGCUCAGUACAAUGGAUGACCAGAAAACAGGUUCCCCAACCAGAGAUGUGGGGCCUUCAUUAGGUCUGAAGAAAUCCAGCUCAUUAGAAAGUCUGCAGACGGCCGUGGCUGAGGUGACCUUGAAUGGGGACAUUCCCUUCCACCGCCCGCGCCCCCGAAUAAUCCGGGGACGUGGCUGCAAUGAAAGCUUCAGAGCUGCCAUAGACAAAUCGUACGAUAAACCCGUAGCAGAUGAUGAUGACGAAGGCAUGGAAACUUUGGAGGAGGACACAGAGGAAAGCUCAAGAUCUGGUAGAGAAUCUGUGUCCACAGCAAGUGACCAGCCAUCCCACUCCUUGGAGCGGCAGAUGAAUGGAAGCCAAGAUAAAGGUGACAGGAAAAAGGCGGGGAAAGAAAAGAAGAAAGAUCGAGACAAAGAGAAGGAGAAAAUUAAGGCAAAGAAAGGAAUGCUGAAAGGCUUGGGAGACAUGUUCAGGUUUGGCAAACAUCGCAAAGAUGACAAGAGUGAGAAAACUGGUAAAAUAAAAGUGCAGGAAGCUCUUACUUCAGAAGAGGAGAGAAUACGAAUGAAGCAAGAACAGGAGAGAAUUCAAGCAAAAACGCGAGAAUUUCGAGAGAGACAAGCUCGUGAACGUGACUAUGCCGAGAUUCAGGAUUUUAACCGGACGUUUGGCUGCGACGCGGACCCCAUGUAUGCUGGAAUUGCUUCCUAUGACUCUUCUUCGAGCAGUGGCACCAUAACCCUGGGCGGCCGAGCGCAGAGCCCCCGCGAGGGCCAGACCGUGGAAGCGCUGUACGCGCAAGUGAAGAAGCCGCGCAGCGCGAAGGCGUCACCUGUAGACAGCAACAGAUCGACUCCUAAUAACCAUGACCGGAUACAGCGCCUGAGACAAGAAUUUCAGCAAGCAAAACAAGACGAGGACGUGGAGGACAGGAGGCGGACGUACAGUUUUGAGCAGCCGUGGCCGAGCUCCAAGACAUACUCCCAGAGUGGCAGACACUCGGUGUCAGUAGAGGUUCAAAUGCAGCGGCAGCGGCAAGAAGAAAGAGAGAGUUUCCAGCAAGCUCAGCGGCAGUACAGCUCAUUACCCAGGCAAAGCAGAAAAAAUGCCAGUUCCGUAUCUCAAGACUCCUGGGAGCAGAGCUAUGCUCCUGGUGAAGGCUUCCAGACUGCGAAGGAAAACCCCAGAUAUUCCAGCUACCAGGGAUCAAGGAAUGGCUAUAUGGGAGGACAUGGCUUCAAUGCCAGAGUUAUGCUAGAAACACAAGAACUGCUCCGGCAAGAGCAGAGACGGAAAGAACAACAGCUGAAAAAAAAAACUUCUUCUGAAGGACCUAGCAACUAUGACUCAUAUAAGAAAAUUCAGGACCCUAAUUAUACCCCACCUAAAGGUCCUUUCAGACAAGAUGUACCGCCUUCACCGUCUCAGGUAGCCAGGCUGAACAGAUUACAAACACCAGAAAAGGGAAGACCGUUCUAUUCUUGAGUUGAAGAAACUGAAGAUCAAGUUAUCACGCAAUAAGGAACAUUUUCAUACAAAGACUUCUAUUUUGAACACUUYUUAAACUGAUGGUACUAAGGAGUAUAUCCGUUGUCUGUUUCAGUGCCUUUAACAAUGUGGGCAAAGAGCUGGUGGGCCUUAUGUCUUUGCCAUUCUGUCUCAAGUGUUAGGUUCAUGGAAGGAUUUUCCACCGUUUGACAAUCAUAGCGUAAGGGAGCAACAUGUCUCCCUUGGUCACCAUGUCUUGUAGCCCAGUGCAGUAGUUGUCAAUGGCUUACUACUAGGAUUUGUUGUAAUGUGUUUUACUUUGCAGUGAGUUAUUAUACCAACAUACAGCUUUGUGGCAUAAAGGUAAUGAAUUUGAGGUUGAAUUAAGCAUUGACAUGCCCUUUUUUUAUUUCUCUCGGGUCAGGAGGGAUGUUACAUAUCAUUCUCGAAUAGAUAAGGCUUAGUUCUACUCUAGUUCACGAUUUGAAAAUGUUUUAUGGUGGACUCAUUACCAGUCUUUGUUGAUCAAUAUUUAAGUGUCUGUAUGCUGAAAAAAAAUAUCCUUCUCCUAUUAUGCACAUAUGCACUCUUUUUCUAUCUCUCUCCCCACUCUGAGCUUAUUAAAAAGCCUUUAUCAUGACUCAUGAGCAAAAUAAUAUUAGGCUUUCAGUCAUCCUGAGAAUCCUGUUACAAUUGCCUUAUAUCUUAAUACACAACCCAUUACAAAUCAAGUAACUGGAGAGAGACUAUUAUAUUUAUAAAAGCAAUUG